CAGGUAAAUAUGGAAUAAAAUAUAAAAUUAAGAGGCUAUUUGAAAUAGGCCGUUUAUUAUAAUUUUCAAAAAAUCAUAAAUAAACCUAUAAGCUUGUAGGCUAUUUUGAAAUAGCAUCUCAAAAAAUGCUAUAAGCCCGACGCUAACUUCUGGGGCUUAUAAAAAAAAAGAGGCUAACUUAUGGGGCUUACCAAACACAUCUAACUUAUUGUUGGUUAUUUAUUACUUCAAAAAAUGCGACUUUUUUAAGCAUCUAAAAAGUAUUUAGAUGAUAUUGAUUAAUUAGAAUAUAACCUUUUAUUUAUGUUAGUUACACUAUAAAUAACUAUUUUUGAAGUUGUUGAUUGUAUUUGUAAUUUAAAUAGAUGAUGUUCUCUUAAAAAAUUGAAAUUUUUAUUAAGGGUCCAUUUUAAUACUUCCAAAAUGUCAGGACCUUCUCCGGCUAUCCCCUCUCAUUCAAGAAUCAGAACAACUACAAUGGAUCUCAAAAAAUCAGUAAGGUGCCAAGAAGAUGUUGCACUCACCAUCACAAAGCAUUUACUCUUAAAACAAGAUUUUCAGCAAAAGAACCUUGUCUUUUCUCCCUUGUCUCUCUUUGUUGUUCUUAGCGUCGUGGCAGCUGGAUCAGAAGGCCAUUCUCUCGACCAACUUCUUUCCUUCCUUCAAUUUGACUCCAUUGACAAUCUAAUUGCAUUCUUCUCUCAACUCGUUGCUCUGUUCUCUGACGAUCGUAUGUGUUUUAUCAAUGGAAUGUGGGCUGAUGAAUCAAUUCCCCUCUCUCAUUCUUUUAAACAACUUGUGGCCACUCAUUACAACACCACUUUGGCUUCAGUUGAUUUUAAGACUAAGGGUGGUCAAGCAUGUCGUGACGUUAAUUUGUGGGUUGAGAAAGAGACAAAUGGCCUUAUCACAAAGCUUCUUCAUCCUAGUAUGGUAAGCAAUUCAACCGAACUUGUCUUUGCAAAUGCAUUGUGCUUCAACGGUGUAUGGGAACACAUGUUUAUGCCUAUAUCAGUUCCGGCUGGUUUUCACCUCUUAAAUGGCACCAAAGUCAUUGCUCCCUUCAUGCUUAGCAAGCAGAGGGAGCACUUUAUUGGUAUUUUUGAUGGUUUCAAAGUACUACGUCUUUCUUAUAAACAAGGCAGGGAUGAAACUCUUCGGUUCUCCAUGUACAUUUUCCUUCCGAAUGCAAAAGAUGGACUUUUGGCAUUAAUUGAAAAGCUAGCUUCAGAAUCUGAUUUUUUGAAAGACAAGUUCCCUCAGCGGAAAGUGGAAGUACGUCGAUUUACUAUUCCAAAAUUCAAGAUUUCUUUUUCAUUUGAAGCUUCUAAUGUUCUGCACGAGUUGGGAAUGAUUUCACCUUUCGUUCUCACAAAAGUGGUAGAGGGAAUGAACCCUCCUUUGGGCGUGGAAAGCAUAUAUCACAAUGCUUUCAUUGAGGUAAAUGAAAAAGGCACCAUAGCUUCAGCAAACACAAUUAUGCGGGCAGCAAGAGGUAAACGUUGUGCCACCCCUACAGACUUUGUAGCUGACCACCCUUUCCUCUUCUUAAUUAGAGAAGAUUUCAGCGGAACAAUUCUCUUUAUUGGUCAGGUUCUCAAUCCUCUUGAUGGUGCAAAUGAACCUACGAUUAGCAAAUAGCAUCUUUCUAGCUUGCAUAUUGGUGGAACUCAAUCUCAUUUAGAAAGGUUAGGGACGGAGCUAGCAGAGGCCUACAUUUUUUAAUUUUCGUUUAAUACUAAUUUAUUAUUUUGUCAAAAAAUAUAUUAUUCUAUUAUUAUUAGUUUAA